AUGGCUUCAUCAACCAUCAAGCAAACACAACACCUUAAACGCACCAAACUCUUCAUGGAAGAAGACACCCUUCUGAAGAAGAACCAUCACUAUCCCAAGCUCGUCCGAAUACGAGUCACCGACGCCGACGCCACCGACUCCUCCAGCGACGAGGACCAGCCCUCCGUGUCCUCCACGCGCCGCCGAGUCAAAAGCUUCGUCAACGAGAUUACCAUCCAAGGCGCCGGCGUUAAAGUUUCCAGGAAAAGAAGGGCGAAGUCAGGCGGCACUCCGCCGAGUCGGCGGCGGAUGGGGGCGAGGAAGUUCCGCGGAGUGAGACAGCGACCGUGGGGUAAGUGGGCGGCGGAGAUAAGGGACCCGUCUCGUCGCGUGCGGCUCUGGCUGGGAACCUACGACACCGCGGAGGAAGCCGCCAUUGUGUACGACAAUGCCGCCAUUCAGCUGCGCGGCGCAGACGCGCUCACCAAUUUCAUAACGCCGCCGGCGGAGGGCAGAAAAACCGGUUACUUCUCCGGCGAGGAGUCUCGCAACGACGAGUUGCGUUCCCCCACUUCGGUUCUUAGGUGCUGUUCGGCGUCCGAGGAAGUUGAAUCGGUUGCUGCAAACGACGUCUUUGGUCCCGCGAGCGAGUGCGAAUAUUCAUGCGUUUCGGAGGAUAGUAAGUUGAAACAUGAGUCAGUGUUUGGUAUUCCUGACGAUGUAGUAUUUAGAUUUGAAAGCACGUUGGAUACGUUUGACGAGUGUGCUAAUAACGUGGCAGAGAGUAAUGGCAUAUUCUUGGAGGACGAAUUUGAUUUCAGUGGAAGCUUUGUGAGUGAGAAGGAUAAUUUAGAUUUGGGUUUUGGGUUUGGGUUUGGGUUUGGGUUUAAGAGUUGGCACAGAGAGUGUGAUAAUUUCCAGGACAUUGGGGAUUUGUUUGUUUGGGAUCCUCUUGUCGCACUUUGA